UGGUGAGGACACUCCCACCACUCCGAGGACGCUGCGAAAGGGACUGCCAACGCAAUCUUGGCACGUGCUUUAAUUGCAUGUGAAGGGUCUUGGUUGGAAUUGCCCCUCUGCGUGCCCUAAAAAACCCUGCUUAAGAAGAUGAAGGAGACAUUAGGAACAGAGGAAGCUGCCAUAUACUGCGUCAGACCAUUGGUCUAUCCAGCUCAGUAUUGUCUUCUCAGACUGGCAGUGGCUUCUCCAAGGUUGAGGGCAGGAAGCUCUCUCAGCCCUAUCUUGGAGAUGCUGCUGCCAGGGAGGGAACCUGGAACCUAGAUGCUCUUCCCAGAGUGGCUCCAUCCCUUAAGGGGGAUAUCUUCCAGUGCUCACACUUCUAGUCUCCCAUUCAAAUGCAACCAGGGCAGACCCUGCUUAGCUAAAGAGACAAGUCAUGCUUGCUACCACAAGACCAAAUCUCUUCUCUUCCAGGGUAGGUCUACCUUGCUCAGUACUGUCCACUCUGGCUGGCAGCAUGUCUGCUCUCCAAAGCCUCUGUCUCUUUCACUCUUGCAACCUGAGGUCCUUUUAGCUGGAGAUGCUGAGGGUUAAAACCAGGAUCUUAAGCCUGCGCUCUACCACUGCCCCUGCUGACAGUGCCGCUUGCUUCUGUGUGAUUAUAUUAGACCGCAGGAAGAAAUUCAGAAGGCACAUCCAAGAGACGUUUUGGGGGGUUCCUGAAAUGGGCUUCCACCCUGGCCCAAAGGUCAGUUUCCAUCAAAGAUACAGAGAGCUGCUUCUAAGCAGGAAACCGCACCUCCAGCAGAGAGCCCAUGAGCUAGCAGCCAUGGAGCGGAAGCACCAGGAGAUGGAGGCUCACCCAGAAGGUUGCCUGCCUGUUGGCAUGGAGAAUCUGUUUGAUUCAGAGGCAGAGGGGCCGAACUCCAGGACAGUUGUGUUGCUGGGCCCUGCUGGCGUGGGGAAGACCACAGCCUUGCAGAAGCUAAUGUUGGACUGGGCAUCCGGCAGCUUGUGGCAGGAGAGAUUUGCAUACGCUUUUUAUAUUUCCUGUGGUGUCGUGAACCGCAGCCGUGAGCCCAUGAGCCUGGCUGACCUGCUGCUCAACAGCUGUUCCCCAGGAACUCUCCUAAUGGAGGAUGUCUUGAUGAACCCAGACAGCCUCCUCCUCAUGGUGGAUGGUUUUGACGAACUGAACUUCUCUGGUCUUCCAGGUGACAAGCCAAGCAGUGACCUGCACACAAAGCAGGCUCCCGCCAAGUUGGUGAUAGGCCUGCUUAGGAAAAAACUCCUCGCCAAGAGCCACACAAUCAUAGCAACCAGGCCUGUGGCCCUAGAGAGACUCCAGCAGUUGUGUCUGAUAUCACCACAACUUGUGGAGGUGCUAGGGUUUCGCCCCACUCAGCGGAAGGAAUAUUUCCACCAGUUCUUUGAGGACAAGGCAGAAGCAACUCAGGCCUUUGAGCUUGUAAGGAGAAAUGAAACCCUUUUCAGCCUGUGCUUUCUCCCUGUGAUGUGUUGGAUGCUCUGCUCCAGCUUCAGAGAGGAGCCCCAGAGGGACCUCCUUCAAGAGAUCCCAGAGACUGCCAAGGUCACAGAAAUCCACAUGCUGCUCCUCUCUCGCUUCUUGGGGCCCCACUGCAGGCUGAGCAGUCUGGGAGGGCUGUGCUCCUUAGCCAGGCAUGGGGUGCUCCAUAAGACAAUGGUUUUUGAUGAAGAAGGACUGAAAGAACAUGGCUUGGAUUGCUUGGACUUGGAGGCCUUUUCUGCAAGGGGAAGAAUCCUCCAUCAAGAUGCUCACCUAGCUGCCACAUACCGGUUUACCCACUUAAGUUUCCAGGAGUUCUUUGCAGCCUUGUUCUACCUCAUACAUGCAGACAGGGAAUCAGGAAUGUUUUUGAAAGACCUGAAGGGAGGCUUUGGAAACAAGGAACAUUGCAGUGACUACUUCAUGCUGGUGCGUUUCCUCUUUGGCCUCUCCAACCCUCAGCAGUUGAGUGUCCUGCAAAACACGUGGGACUGUAGGACAUCCGGGGCGGGACUCCGGCAGGAGUUGUUGAGGUGGGUAGAGGAAGGAGCCCAGCACCAUUCCUUCAGGAGACCGGAGCAGCUGCUUGAACUGUACCAUUGUGUGUAUGAGGCAGAGGACCUGGCAUUUGCCCAGAGCGUAAUGGGGCAUAUCCACAGCCUGGACCUCCAGCUCUCUACCAAGCUGGAUUUGAUGGCUCUUUCAUUUUGCCUACCGGCUACUGCUGCUCUUCACUUGUUUCGACUUGUCGGCUAUGAAUUGGGAACUAUGGGGCACAGCCAACUCUUACCAGGACUGCUGAAGUCUUCAGAGAUCCAGCUGAACCGUUGUGGACUCACAGCUGCAGCCUGCGAAAGUCUUGCCUCCGUGGUGGUAUCUAAUCAGAGUCUGACACGUCUGGAUCUGGGGGGAAAUCCACUGGAUGAUCUGGGCGUGAGCCAUUUAUGUGAGAAGCUGAUGGAUUCCUGCUGCCAACUGCAAGCUCUUCGGUUGCACCACUGUGGUCUCACCGCUGCCGUGUGCAAGGACCUGGCCUCUGUUCUGGAAACCAGUGAGACCCUCGUGGAGCUGGGCCUGGGGGACAACCAGCUGGGGGAUGAAGGUGUCAGGCAGCUGUGCCCGGCACUAAGGAAGCCACACUGCAAACUGCAGAGACUGGCACUCACAAUGCAUGGUCUGAAUGCAACCACCAAGAAAAAGCUGCACGCGGCUCGUGCUGCACGCCCUCAGAUUAUUCUGAUCUCCUACUAUCCGCCCAGCUUCCUCGCCUUCCCGGGUGGUGAUGAGUAACGGCAAAUCCAGAGACAGAUGUGCUUAUCAGUUGCGUGUCUGCAACAUGAGAUGAUGCCAAACAACCUCUGCAGGCAGAUUCCAGAGCACAAUAGAACUCCUGCUGCCAGACACCCACAAGCACAAUGGAGGCAGUUCACAUGUUCAGCUGUGGAUCUGCACCUGAAGAAUGUGAAUAUGACUAAGAUUUAUAUACCACUUUUCAACAAAAGUCCCCAAAGUGCUUUACAUAGAUAUAAACAAAAAGGCUCCUGUCCCCAAAGGGCAACAGACACUGGAGGGAUGCUGUGCAGGGGUUGGAUACGGCCAGUUGCUCUCCCGCUGCUAAAUAAAAAGAAUCGCCAUCUUAAAAGGGUGCCUCUCUGCUCAGUUAGCAGGAGACACGAAUUGAGACAGAAACAGCAGAGAGAAUCACAGAGGCUGAGUUCACACACUAAAAAGGAUCCUGGUUAAAACGUGAAUCAGGAGUGAGCCCAGCAGAGCAAUCCUGGCCAAACUGCUCCAGUGAAGCAGCAUUUAACCAGGAUAGAUAACCAAGACGCAGUCCUUGUUAACAUUUUAACCAGGACCUCCUGUUGAGUGCAGGAAUCUCACUGUGUGGUCUACAUGCAUGUGUAAAUUGCUCCCAAAACCUGAGCAGCAUUGCAACAUGCCCGAAACACGGCUGUCAGGUCACAUGUCCUGGUCUCCUUCCACACAUGUUGUUUGUUGGAUAACAACUUCCAUCAUCCUCCAGCCACUGAGGCUGCCUGGGGAUGAUGGGAAUUGUAGUCCAAUAACACCCAGGGAACCAAACCCCUGCCCUAAGUAGAGUGGCUGGUAAUUUUAAUUUUGGGCUAAACUAACAAGAAGUGAAGCUGUAUACCAAUCUGUCUGCAUAACAAGCAGAAGCGGAAUUAUUUCUUGUUUGAGCUGUAAAUUGCAUAUUGACUGGAACGUUUUUUGUUCUGGUUCUGCACAAACAGCUUUUCACACCUUGAUCCUACAUGUAUCUAAGUCCUACUGAGUUCAAUGGGGCUUACUUUCAAGUAGGCAUGCUUGAAGUUGCAGCUUUGGAUGAUUUUUAACUGAACUUGUGGGCUGAAUAGGGCUAAAAAUGACUUAAACUCAUGUGUAAUUUAGUGCACAGAAGUGCAGGAGAGAGACACACAUUGUCUUUAUGCCAGCUAAAAGGAUUUUGGCAGUCUGACGUUACUUUUAAGGAAGCACAGGAAGGCCCUUAUCCAGGUCUGUAGCUGCUCCCUUCAGGGAUAUUCUGGGGACAGUCUCUGAAGUGUCACCUUUAAUUUUUUUUAAAAGAGUUGCUAGUCCUGUUACGUAUGCAGAGAUAAGGCCAAAUAUGCAGGCAGAAUUCCCCUCACACAGUAAAAGGAUUGCUAAACAAAAUAUAUGUAUGAAUCUACAUAUGAAUUGCAUUAUUAUUAAAGACUGGGAAUCUGGCAAGCAAA